CAGACUGGAGAAGCGAGUCAAGCAAAUCAAGCGUGUGGUGAGCGAGUGUGGUCAGAGCCCGUCGCGUUGAGCAUAAAAAAAUGUCAUUCAAGUCUACAGGAGUGGUAAACCCACCAAGCAGAAUCAAAGAGGAGUCGGAUGACGACAAUUUUCACGAGGAGAGAGAGAUUUCUUCUACACCACGCAGAAUCAAAGAGGAGUCUGAUGACGACAAUUUUUACGAGGAGAGAGAGAUUUCUUCUACACCACCCAGAAUCAAAGAGGAGUCUGAUGACGACAAUUUUUACGAGGAGAGAGAGAUUUCUUCUACACCACGCAGAAUCAAAGAGGAGUCUGAUGACGACAAUUUUUACGAGGAGAGAGAGAUUUCUUCUACACCACCAAUCAAAGAGGAGUCUGAUGACAACGGUUUUUACGAGGAGAGAGAGAUUUCUUCUACACCACGGAUGCCUGCUGAGGUGACAUACGUGGUAGAGAACACGUGGUCGGAACGUGGUCGGAGUGGUGUACGUCGGAGGCACAACAGUGGCACCAGUGACGGCGCUGCUCGUUUCAGGAGCCGCUCACCAUGCAAGUCAACAACAAAAGUUACUGGUGCAUGGAAAACAGAGGCAGACCCUGAUGUUGCCCCUGAACCACCAAGGUUUGCUCCAAAACGAAGCCCCGGAGUUCAGCCCCCUCUCAAUAUUGGUAAUCCAUCCCCAAUUGAAAUUUUCACCCAUUUUUUUGAUGUCGAAGUCCUCAAGGUCCUGUGCAAACACACAAACAUGAAAGCUGAAAGAAAUCUGGAGAAAGGAAAGAAAUUUGUCUGGACAGAAAUAAGCCCCCAGGAGAUGAAGAAGUACCUGGGAAUGCUGUUGUACAUGGCUGUGCUGCACUUGCCCAAGGUGAGAGAUUUCUGGAGAAAGGACUCCAUCUUUCAUUUGGCAUUUCCUGCCACUGUCAUGCCAAGAGACCGCUUCCUGGCCAUUUAUUCAAAUCUUCACAUGAGCAAUCCGUCCGAAGAUGCAGAAAAUGACAGGAAAAUUGGCACAAAGGACUACGAUCCCCUCCACAGGGUCAGACCUCUCUACGACAUGCUCAGAACCCAGUGCAUGACCGUCUAUCAUCCAAGGCAGCACAUUGCAGUUGAUGAGAGGAUGGUUGCCACCAAGGCCAGGCUGUCGAUCAAGCAGUACAUGAAGGCAAAGCCUACGAAGUGGGGGCUGAAGUUUUUUGUUGUAGCGGAUGUCAACGGCUACACGAUCGACUACCGCCUCUACACAGGCAAGAGCAAGUUUGCAUCUGGGAAGGGGCUGCCAUUUGAUGUUGUGACAUCACUGGUGAACAAAGACUUCCUGGGCUCCGGAUACAUCGUCUACUGCGACAACUACUACACAAGCCCAGAGCUCUUCAGACACCUCAGCCGACAGGGAUUUGGUGCUUGUGGAACCUACCGUCAGGGACACGUUGGUGUUCCAUCCCCUGAGGAGAAUGCUGUGGAUAAAAGGUCACCCCGGGGAACAAUUCGUUGGAUCAGGGAUGGUGACCUGCUCUUUGUCAAGUGGAUAGACACAAGAGAGGUCUCCAUAUGCACCAACGUUCACCCAGUCUACACUGGCGAAAGCGUGCUGCGCUGGCAAAAGACAGCUGACAGAGGAAAUGAGAGGGUCACCAUCCCCAGACCAACUGCCAUCACAGAGUACAAUAAGUACAUGGGUGGGGUGGACACGUCUGACCAGAUGCUGUGGACAAACUCAGUGCACCGCAAGACCCGGCGGUGGACCAUGACUGUGUUCCAGCACCUCCUCGAUGUCGCCAUCACCAACAGCUACAUUAUUCACAAGGAGAUACGUAAGAGCCAGCAGCGGGGAUACAUGACACGCCAGACCUUCCAGGAGCAGCUGUGUGCCCAGCUCCUGGGGGUGCCACUGAAUGCCAGGCCAGUGAGGACCCCCAGCCAAGGCCAUUUCCCUGUCCCUGUCAGUGACGGCCAGGGACAUGACAGGUCACAGAGAGCGAGCAUGGGGAGACAGCGAUGCACUCUGUGCAAAAGGAGCACUCCCUGGAGAUGUGGGAAGUGUGGCGUGGGCCUCUGCCUACAGCUUGACAGGAACUGCUUCAGGAUGUACCACCUCAACGACUGAAAAAUGCCUGGUAGUUCUUUAGAAAAACAGGGACUCCAAAAAAACAAGGUUCUCAAGGUUAAAAAAAAAAUGUUUUUGUUUGAGUUCAGAUUUCAAAUUAAAUGUUUUAAAUCAUGUGUACAUAUGGAAUUACAUUUUAUUAUUUAGUAAAAAACACUAAAAUCAAAAUCCGUUUUUGUUCCCUUUAAGCUGUUAUUACACCCUCAAAACAUUUCAGUAAUGUUACAUCACUGGCAGAUGUUUAAAGCUACAGUAAUCCUGAAAAAAAAGAGAACAUUCCCAGAAGACAUUGUAUGACAGUUUUACAGCCAAAACAACACAAUACAUACAGGCGGUCUGUGUGAGACUCAGGCCUUAAACGCCUUCCUUGGUCAUGAGGAAAAAUGUAGAAACAACCGAAAUCAAGCAGUGUUUCAGCAGCAACAACAGCAAACCUGCUACAACAGUGAAGGUAAACAGCACAAACAGUAAAUUUAGAAUAAGGAAGGAUUCAGAAAAACUGAGUAAACAAAGAAACGAAUAAAUAUGGGAAUGAAUGAAUGAAAAAACGAUAGAAAUGAAUCAAUA